AUGAUAGCUAGUUGGAGCAAUCAUAUGAUAACUAGUUGGAGCAAUCAUAUGAUAACUAGUUGGAGCAAUGAUAUGAUAACUAGUUGGAGCAAUCAUAUGAUAACUAGUUGGAGCAAUCAUAUGAUAACUAGUUGGAGCAAUCAUAUGAUAGCUAGUUGGAGCAAUCAUAUGAUAACUAGUUGGAGCAAUCAUAUGAUAACUAGUUGGAGCAAUGAUAUGAUAACUAGUUGGAGCAAUCAUAUGAUAACUAGUUGGAGCAAUCAUAUGAUAACUAGUUGGAGCAAUAUGAUAACUAGUUGGAGCAAUCAUAUCAUAACUAGUUGGAGCAAUCAUAUGAUAGCCAGUUGGAGCAAUCAUAUGAUAACUAGUUGGAGCAAUCAUAUGAUAACUAGUUGGAGCAAUCAUAUGAUAACUAGUUGGAGCAAUCAUAUGAUAACUAGUUGGAGCAAUCAUAUGAUAACUAGUUGGAGCAAUCAUAUGAUAGCUAGUUGGAGCAAUCAUAUGAUAACUAGUUGGAGCAAUCAUAUGAUAACUAGUUGGAGCAAUGAUAUGAUAACUAGUUGGAGCAAUCAUAUGAUAACUAGUUGGAGCAAUCAUAUGAUAACUAGUUGGAGCAAUAUGAUAACUAGUUGGAGCAAUCAUAUGUUAACUAGUUGGAGCAAUCAUAUGAUAACUAGUUGGAGCAAUCAUAUGACAGCUAGUUGGAGCAAGAUAUGA